AUGCAUGAAUAUCUCUUCGUAAAUACAGACGGCGUAUGUCAAAUUGGCGCAGCAGAAGCAGAGUCCAUAAUUUGGAUUUAUCUGCGUCUCCUCUCAGGAAAGAACGAAGUCGCUUUUGCUGCGCCACAAACCCCUUAUCCAUCACUUGGGAAAGCGCCAAGUUGCCUGACUUUUCAUUCACAACAUACCUGUAAUGAAGUGCUUCCAGGAGCGGAUUGUGUACUACAAGAGGACAUGGCAUCCUACAUCUACCUAGGUGAUCGAAAUCACGACGCUGCCGGAGAGAGCUGUCUGGUCUGGAGAGAUGUCUACGAUAAGAUUGUUAAGGAUCUAGAAAAAAAGCCAAAUGAACUGGAGCAAUACCAGUUUAACAUGACGAAGGCCGAAGAAGUCAUGCUUCACAACAAAUGUCGUCGAGCUGAGCUCUCUGCGAAGCAUCCGUUAAUGGCGACAUCACAUGUUCAGGGUCCUUGGUGCUACGUUCGUAAAAAGGGUAAAAUAAUGGCAGUGAACUGUUUUGAUGCAUGUAAAGGUGAACCGCGUGAAGAAGAUGUACAUCCAGGAAAAACAUACUAUGGUGAACAACUUGUCGAAAAAAACUACAACGACAUAUUGAUUGAGAACAUACGAAGGUAUUAUACACACUACUCAUGGGGUAGCCCGAGUUACUACUACUGGAAACCGUCAGACGAUGCGCUUUCUGACGAAUUCUUUCGAAGAAGAGAAAAAAUGUUUUAUGGAUGUGCGGCAACUGUUAUUGUACUGAUCUUGUGGCUGCUACUGUGUCUAUAUAUUCGUAAUGAGGCGGCUGCAACGAGACGGCGACGAGAACAAGCCAUAAAAUGGUGUGAAGAGCGUGAAUAUGCGUCAGGUUCGGCAAACACGUCAAUGACUACAACUAUUUCACGACGACAGUAUGAGUACUUCAGCCAUAGGAUGGAAUCAGGGCAGGUCAAGUAUGGGAACACUGACGAGUUAUUUCCUGCAGGACUUGCCGUCAACAAAGCGCUAACUGAAAUAGCCAACGCCAUCCCUAUACCAGCUCCUGUUGGACCACAGAAACGAUACUCUAAUAUUCCUUACUGCACGACACCACAGACCGUUCGUGACUGCUACGCAACGUACCUCGAAAAGUACGGCAUUCAUUCGGGGCCGUAUUAUCUUCCGGAAUACAGUCGACUAGAGCAGCAAUUGAAAACUAUGCCUCUCACGAAUAUAUGCCGAGAGUUUGACGAACUGCUAUCAUGCCUACGAUUGGUAUCAUUCGACUGCAUCUCAAUUCCGGUAUUCGAGCGAUUCACUCAAUGGUACGGUAAGGUGAAUGAAGAAUCUGUCGCCUAUGUGCAGAAUCACGCUUUUCUCGAAUUCGCUUGUGGAGUCGGAAAGCCAGCGUUUCUUGCCAAUCACGACUGUCUAUCACGAGCGUUCAAUGUCCAGUCGCUAACUCAACGCAUAAAUAACUGUCUACCUAGUGAUUCCGAUAUGUGCACACGAGCUCUCCGAGCUGUGGAUUGCAUCAAGGAUUCGCUAAGCUUGCAGUGUUCACCUAGUGCUGGCUCCGCGGCUUGUUUUGCAGCCACAAACAUCGCCUUACGAGCUAAGGAAGAAGGUAAACGUACAGCAAUGUGGGCUUGCGUUGAGUUCGAGUCUUCAAACGUUGGAAUUCACUACGGAACAAUCCUAAUCAUUGAGUGA